AUGGCGACGCCGACGCAAGAAAACUACGGCGCGACGCCGACGAGCGAGCUCACGAAGGUGCAACCGCCGCGAACGCGAACGCCGUGGGACUCGGCGGCGUGGAUCACGGCGACGCUGUUGGACGAGCAAGGCCAACGGUGUCCGUGCCCGCCGGGAUGCGCCGGGGAUUGCGCGGUGCGCUCGCAUUGGUUGUUUAAUGAGAAGGAUAACGACCUGCGAACGAUUCACACGCUGCAAAGCACGUCGAAUCCGCCGAUGGUGAGCUUGAACGCGGGUAACGUGGCGCCGUGGGGUAAGGUGGCGCAGGUGAACGCGUCGAGUUAUCGCGUCAUGGGUGGGUGUCCGCCGUCGGAUCAGAUGGACUGCAUCGCGUGCGAUACUGGUGCUGGAUACUAUCCGGUGGUGUACGCUGGCGACUUUUCUAUCGAAGGUAUCAAGCAAACGGGCGCGGGUAUUUCGUGCUAUUAUCUGGAGAUUUGUGACAACGACGACUCCUGCGAUACGCAGAUCGCAAUGUCCGAAGUGGGGACGCUGGUAGGGUCUUACGCGGGUCUGUUUUCAUUCCUUCUCAUCCUCUUUGUUAUGUUGCGUAAAAUCGUAUGGCUCCGGAUGGCGAUCGACUCGGCGGCGUGGGUUGAAAAGGGCAACCCCAAGUACCCGCCGCGAGAAAUUCAGAUUCCCAAACCGAGAGACGACAAUGCAUGGUCGUGGCUUUAUGACGCUUAUCACCGCGAUAAUAAUUGGAUGAAAGAGUUCACCACCCCAGACGAGUACAUGCUCGUCCGCUGGUUCAAGUUAUCCAGUCGCUUCUUCUUCACCGCCGGCGCCGUAUGUUGUCCAAUUCUCAUGAGUUUGUACGCCGCCGAUACCGUACCAAGCGCAGAUGCGGGCUCGAAGAUACUUACAACUCUCGAAAAGAGCGGUAUCGCGAAAUACACACUGCUCAAUGCUCGAACCGAAUCUUCUUUCGCGGCCGCCAUGGCUUUCACCUGGAUCACAAGUCUCUUCCUGAUUUCUUUGAUUCGCGUCGAGUCGCGUAAGUACGUCCACAUGAUGUGGACGGUGGAUCCCGAUAAGACUGGUAUUAAAGCGAACGCAAUCCUCGUCAAGGAUAUGCCCUUGUUAACCACGGCUCCGGCACCGAAAAAGUUUGAACAGCUUAACACCGGCAGCGUCAAAGAUAUUCUUAAAGUCAAAAAGAGUGUGCGAGGUUCUGUGAAGAAACUCGACAAAAUCUUCGACGACGAAGAAGUCGGCUGCCUGGGGAGAUUUAAGCUUUUACUCAACGAUGGCACCGUGCAAUCUUCCGGUGAUUCCGCCAAGCUUCGGCUUUUAUACAAGGAGGAGUCGAUGAACCUUGUCAUCAGCAAGUUUGAGAGCGUCCUCGGCAAAGACUGCAUCGCUUUCAAAAUGCUCGCCUCGGAUACUCGAAAGCUUGAUAGCGCCGCGAAAGCCUGGGCGAAUGCCCGCGAGCACGUCACACAGAACAUGCAAGCGAUCGCCGACUUACAAGAGACCGAAAAGACUGGAGGACUCAGCUGGGGGGAAUCGACUCAACUUGCGAAAGCGUUGAAAGAUAUGGAUUCGUUGAAGAGAGCCGAGGCGCAACGCUUCGAUGUUUUCAUCUCCACUCGCGAUGAAUACAUCAACAACCACCGACCCGCGUGUAGUGCGGUCGUGGUAUUUGCGAGACAAAUGGACGCCGUCAUAGCCUCUCAAAUUCAAAUUGACGACGUUCCCGGGCAGUGGGUCACCGAACCGGCGCCAGGCAACUCUGAUGUCGUGUGGCACAAUCUCUCCUUGACAUCCGUCGAACGCGCAAAAAAGACGACUCAGGCUUUUUUUAUCGCCGUGGCCAUUUCUCUAUUCUUCAUGUACCCUGUCAAUAUCGCUGUCGCGGCUGUCGCCGACGUCAAGGACUCUCUCGUGAGCGUGUUUGGCGAGUCUAUUUACAACAUCAUCCUGUCAAUUGUGUUGACGGUGUUCCUCGUCGUCGGUCACAUUUUAAGCUUGGUCGUGAGUCGGCAAACUGGCUACGUCUCGGUCAGCGCUAUGGACUCAUUCGGUGCGUCUAUGUACUUUUGGCUUCUCAUUCUCAACUUGGUCUUUUCCAACCUGAACACGACGCCCCUGUGGAAGGACGUCCUCGUGUGGAUGCAAAAGCCGCACUUGUUCACGUACCAGUUCAUCUUGAGGUUGAUGAAUACCAGUACUUUCUUCCUCCAGUUCGUCAUGCUUCGUACCGCGACUUCACCGGUUCUCGAGUUGAUCCAUCCUCCGGUACUCCUCGGCUUCGUCACAAAGUGCUUGCUAUACCGCAGUCGAGCGCGCACGUGGCCGGCUUUCGCAAAGAGACUCAUCUGGGCUCAACCGACGCCCACGCCGAGCCAUCGGGUUCCCGCGCAAACGAUGUUGGUGUUCUUCAUCGGCAUAAUUUACACCGUCGUCGCACCAGUUUUACUUCCGGUGUGCGGCGUCUUCUUCGGUUUUUUCUACAUUUUCUGGAAGCACAACAUGGUCUAUCACUACAUCCAACAGUACUCCGCGGGGACGUCCAUGUGGGCGUGGCUCGUCGGAAAGAUGUAUUUCAGCCUCGUGUUCAGCCAAAUCAUGGUCGCUUUCGGUCUUCCGACGCUCGGCUUCAACACGAUGAAGUAUCGUGUCUUCAUCAUACCUCUCGUUUUAUUCACCCUUCUCGAAUGGUCGCGCGUGAAUACCAUCCUCAACGAUGCGUUCAGGGUGCCGGUACACGCGGCUGGCGCAGCGUUGAAGCGCAGAAGCGGCAAGCAUGAAGAAGACUCGGACGACGAAUACUUCGCUUCGAGAUCGGCUUCGAGAUCGGAUGUUCCAGCGCUCGAGGAAGACGCUCGGCAAGAAAUCUUCGUGAGCACGACGCGAAUCGGUGAUUCAAGGAAGAGGAAGGUUAUGCGCGGCAUCGUGCCGGUGGAAGAAAUGAAAAAGAGCACACGCCGGCAAAAGAAUAUUCUCGAAAACACUCGAGAGCAAGGAAAAGCUGAGAUCGAGUACAAAGUGAAGAAGGGAAUCUGGCAAACGUACGCGCCGAGCGUGUUGUGGCCACUCGCCGCCGAGAAGUCUGCCGGUUCCAUUUUCUUGCGUCGCUGGAAACAAAUCAAGGCGCGAAAGCAAGUCGAAGCAGACAUGUUGGCCGCCGUGGCGCACUUACCCGACGACGACCAGAGAAAGAAGGCAGUCAUCAAAGAUUUGGCGCUCAGGAAACAAGUGCGCGACUCCGCCGCGGAAGCCAUUCUUCGAAAAUCCACCUCGCCGUACGUGAAGCAACUUCGACAGAAGCGCGCCGCCGAGGAAGCCGAGAAAGCCGACACUCGAGCUGGCUCGACCAAGUAG